CAAAGCAGUUUCACUUUCUCUCUCUUCCCCCACCCCCACAUUGUUGAUGUUCAGAGGUUCUGUGUGUGUGUAAAAUUUUCACACUUUCUCCCCAGUUAAUUCAUUCACAUAUCGAAAGAGGCCAAAAAUUGAAUUCAGGAUAAAGGAUAACAAGGUAACAGAAAGUCGCUGUUAAUUGGUAAUUGAAGCUUAGCAAUCGCGGGUUUCUCUCCGACCUAGGGUUUGGCUGGAAAUUGGAGUCAAAUCUAUACUUUUGGUUGAUUUUGAUAAGUAUCUGUGGUUUUUAGAAUUUGGAUAUUUCCAAUUUGUGCCAAGACUGCAUUUUUGUGCAUGCAUGUUUGCUUAUGUGUUGAACUAUCCGGGGGUUUUGUGAAAUAGUUAUUGGAAGUUUUAUUCUGUGGGGUUUAAAGGGAAAAGUUAUGAUUCUGGGGUUUUGAGGGGUGGGUCUGUAAUGGGUAGUACAGGCGAAGCUGACAAGAAACGGCGUCAUGUUAGCUCCUUAUCGCCCACUCCCGCCAUGGCCAAGAAGCAUCGUCUGGCGGCGCUAUCUGAGGAGAAAAAGCUCGACGCGGCAGUGCUUCAAUUUCAAAAUAAAAAACUCGUACAGAAGUUGGAAACUCAGAAGGUUGAGAUUAAUGCCCUCGAGGACAGAUUGUGUCAGUUGAGGGAUAAACAACAUUCAUAUCAUAAAACUUUAGCCGAGGUCGACAAUUCAUGGAAAGAGCUGGUUGAUCACUUGGCGUCACAUUCUAACUGCACAGUAGAAAAUACAAAAGAUGUUCGAGGUUUUGGACGCCACCUAGCAAAAGAAGAUUGUGAUUCGCCACCAGAGGAUACUUUACUGAGCCGGCUCCUAGAAACUGGUGCAACCGAAAAUAGCUCAGCCAGUACAUUAAUGAAUCCAUCUGAAGAAGAGGGAAAAAUAAAUGGUGAAAUGACAGAGAAAUUAGAGAUUAUACUCAAGAAUAUAAUAGCUUCUUUUGAUGAUUUGAACAAUUUGAAGAGUAUAUUGUACGCGGCAUCCCUGAAGACACUCUCUUCUAAUGGACAGAGCCAGAAGGUGGUUUUUUCUGAUUUGCUAACCGAGGUUAGAAAUAUGAGGAUGGCAACCUUGAAGCUCCACUUGAAGCAUAAAUUGUUGGCUGGUGAGCUGCAAAGACAUAGAGACACCAACGCAAAGAAUAAAGCUGAUCUGAAGCGUCUGAAAGGAGAAUUAGAAACUACAAUUUGUGAACUGGAAGAAAGCAACCAUAAGUUGGCGGUUAUAAAAGCAGAGAGAGAUGUGGCGAAGGGAGCAUCUUUCCCUGUUCUAAAUCAAGGGAAUAGGCAGGCAACGAAUGAUAAAGUAAGGGACAAAGAAAGAGACUUGGAAGAUACGGAGUCAACCCUGAAGGAACUAUUGGAGCAAUCGUCAUCUCGACUAGAAGAGCUCAAGCGUUUUCAUGAAGAUAGGCUGAACACAUUAAGAAACUUAUCAAAUUUGCAGAGCAACUUAAAGAAUGUUCACUGCAUUUGCUCAUCCCAAGCAUAUAUUUUACUGAAAGAUCAAUUGACAAAGGCUAAAGCAGACGUAGUUGAAUAUCAAGCCCUUUAUGAGAAAUUGCAGGUUGAGAAAGAGAGUCUUUAUUGGCGGGAAAAAGAAAGUUUCAUGAAAAAUGAGUUAGUUGAUGUGCUUCAGCAAUCUUCAGCUGUUGCUAACUCCAGAAUAAGUGACUUGGAAGCGGAGAUAGACAGAUACUACAAAGAAAAGGAUUUAAUUGAGGUCAAGCUGGACGAAGCAUCUAAAGAACCUGGCAGGAAAGAAAUUAUUGCGGAGUUUAAAGUUUUGGUUUCAUCAUUUCCUGAGAAAAUGGGUCGCAUGCAAAAUCAGUUAGCUAAACACAAGGAGACUGCUGCAGACAUUCACAGUUUGCGAGCUGAUGUAGAAUCAUUGACUAAUAUUCUCAACUGCAAGGAUAAGGAGUUGGAGACUUUGACUUCCAGAUCAGCGCAGCAAAAUGCCGAAAUUCAAAAACUACAAGCAGUGAUCAGUGAUUUAAAGGCGACAGUUACAGACUUGAAGCUCUUCCUAGAAAUGUAUGGGCACCAAUCGGUUGACUCAAGGGAUGUUUGUGCAGCUAGAAGUGCCGAGAUAAAGGCAUGGGCUCAAGUUCAAGGCCUUAAAUCCUCCCUUGAUGAGCGUAAUCUGGAGUUGCGAGUUAAAGUUGCAAUUGAAGCAGAAGCAAAAGCCCAGCAGAAAUUAGCUGCUUCAGAGGCUGAGAUUGCUGAGCUGAGACAGAAGUUAGAGUCUUCUAAUAGCAGGGAAAAAUCAAGCCUUUCUGACGGCUUAAAAUCCAAGCAUGAAGAGACUGAGUCCUACCUGGUUGAGAUAGAGACUAUUGGGCAGGCGUAUGAUGACAUGCAGAGCCAAAACCAGCAGCUUUUGCAGCAAAUCACUGAGAGAGAUGACUAUAAUGUUAAGCUUGUUUUAGAAGGUGUGCAUUCAAGACAGAUGGGAGAUGCUCUGCUUAUGGAGAAGAGAAUGUUGGAUAAGUCUGUACAACAGACCAAGAAAACUGUAGAUUUUUAUAACUUUAAGGCUAGCCGAAUUGAAGACCAGUUGAAGGGCUACUUAGAUCAGAGACAGAGGCUUGCAGAAGAUAGAGCUCACAAUGCUGCUGCUUUGGAAAGCACUCAAAGAAGACUGUUAGAUGUUAGGAAAACUUCUCAACUACUGAUGGGAACAGUUGAAGAAGCACAGACGCAGGUUGAUAGGAGUAGGGUGUCUCUUACUGGAAUGCAGAUAGAACUAGAGAAAGAAAGGUUUAAGAGGAAAAGGGUUGAGGAAGAUCUAGAUAAUCUAAGGAAGAAGGGUCAACAACUAAAAUCCCAAGUUGAGGGCUCCUCUGUAAUUGAAAAGCUCAAAGAGGAACUCAGGGAAUACAAGGAAAUUCUGAAGUGCAGUGUCUGCCUUGACAGAAGGAAAGAGGUGGUCAUCACAAAAUGUUAUCAUCUGUUUUGCAAUGCUUGCCUUCAGAGAAUAAUUGAAACACGUCGCCGUAAGUGCCCAGUUUGUGCGGCAAGUUUUGGCGUCAAUGAUGUCAAACCUGUAUACAUCUGAUCAUUAUGGUUCCUGGCAUCAAUGGGUAUGCCUACCGGUCCAUGUGCACCUAGAAGUUCACUCCGACGAUGAUAUUUCACAUGUACUAUAUGAUACUUUUUGCUCUGCUGAAUCCAAGAAAAAACCACAUCGCAACUGAUAGAGGUUCCUUUCCAGAAAUUGCUAGUAGUGUAGGUUUGCGCUUUCUGGAUUAGACGCUGGAAGUGUUUUUUGAUUUUUUUUGAAAUAGUGUUCAUGAGUUGCCCUCUUCAUUUGACUGCUCCAAGAAACUGGGUGCUUUUUUGACUUGCUGCUUGCAGAUUGAAUUCAAUCCAGUUCUAUAUAUGAUGGUUUUACAAGUAAACGAAGCAAUGAUGCAAAGCCCCGUUGUUUCCAAGUGUGUAUGGAUUAGCAUGGAGCUUCAUAUGACUUUGGUCUUAGACUCUUAGGUUCUUCUAUGCUGCUGUGUACAGAUUUUAUAUCUCAAUUUUGUUGGUAGUGUCUAGUUUGAGUUGUUUUAGGAGAAACAAGCAAAAUAUCAAUGUUCAAUCAGUAAUUUUUCAUUGUCAA